GUGCCUCCUGGUCUCAGAGACAGCUCUAACUAAAGACACACACACAAAACCCUUAGCAUCUUUGCCGGCAUCAAAAUGGAGGGUCUCUUCUUCAACGUCAAUAAUGGCUAUGUUGAGGGUAUUGUGCGAGGAUACCGGAAUGGCCUCCUCACCAAUGCUAACUAUAGUAACAUGACCCAGUGCGAGACAAUAGAUGACCUCAAGCUCCAGCUCGGUCCAGCCUACGGCGAUUUCCUUGCUUCCCUCCCUCCCAACCCCUCCACCUCCAGCCUCGCGGCCAAGACCACGGAGAAGCUCGUCUCUGAGUUCCGAUACGUCCGCGCCAACGCAACAGGGACUCUGGCCAAGUUCAUGGACUACCUGACCUAUGGCUACAUGAUCGACAAUGUCGCCCUCCUGAUCACCGGCACGCUGCACGAAAGAGAUACGAGGGAACUGUUGGACAGAUGCCAUCCUCUGGGCUGGUUCGAGACCAUGCCAGUGCUCUGCGUCGCCACGAACAUCGAGGAGCUGUACAACAGCGUGCUUAUUGAGACGCCGCUGGCACCCUUCUUUAAGGGCAGUCUGAGCCACCAAGAUCUGGAUGAGCUGAACAUCGAGAUUGUCCGGAACACCCUCUACAAGAACUACCUCGAGGAGUUCCACAACUUUGUCAACACUCAUCCUGACAUGUCCGGUACCCCUACUGCCGAAGUCAUGUCCGAGAUCCUUGAGUUCGAGGCUGACCGAAGAGCCAUCAACAUCACGCUUAACUCCUUCGGUACCGAGCUGUCCAAGCAGGACCGUAAGAAGCUGUACCCCAAUUUCGGCCGACUCUAUCCUGAGGGCACGCUAAUGCUCUCCCGCGCCGAUGACUUUGAGGGCGUACGUCUUGCGGUCGAUGGUAUUCAGGACUACAAGGCCUUCUUCGACGCUGCUGGUCUAGGCGGCGGCCCCGCUGGCCCCGGCAACAUGGCAGGCGGCUCUAGCUCCGAGGGCCGAAGUUUGGAGGAUAUGUUCUACCAGAAGGAAAUGGAGAUCUCCAAGGAGGCUUUCACUAGACAGUUCACCUUUGCUAUUGUCUAUGCGUGGGUGAAGCUUAGGGAGCAGGAAAUCCGAAACAUCACAUGGAUCGCUGAGUGCAUAGCACAGAACCAGAAGGAGCGGAUCGGCAACUACAUCAGCGUGUUCUAAAGAUGAAGAAAAGCGUUUGGUUUCCUCUUCCUGUGUAGAGUUUGAGGCAGGCAGUGUGGAGCCGUGUUUGAAUUUACGAGGGCAUACCAUGGCAGGCGCAUGAGGGUUCAGCAGGUCUAAUUUGCAUAAAGAAGACAGUCAAUCGUGACUGGAUUGUAAACAAGAUUUACACGCC